GAUAAAUGGACAAAAAAAAAAAAAAGUUUAUCAUGAAGAAAUUAACCUAAAUGGGUAAUAGUCAAAUGCAGUGAUCUACGCCCUUCAAAAGUCAAAGAAAAACUCGCAUAAAUUGAUCUGCUUCUUCCUCACUCCCCCAUAUAUUUCUGCAAACCCCAAUUUCUGGAACUUCAAUUUGUGUAAAGAGAAAUAAAUAUAAAUAAAUAUAAUGGCUGAUCAGAUAUUAUCAGGCGGCGGAGCAAACGGUAACCACGGCGUGGCGGUGAACAUAAAAGACGAUGAUCGUGACUCCAAGAACACUACUGAAAACUCUUCAACCUGUAUCUUUCUCACUGUACCCUUUAUUCAAAAGAUAAUAGCGGAGACUCUGGGGACGUACUUCUUGAUAUUUGCCGGCUGUGCGUCGGUGGUGGUUAACUCCGACAAGGAGAAGGUGGUGACCCUCCCCGGAAUAUCCAUCGUUUGGGGUCUGGCCGUCAUGGUCAUGGUUUACUCCGUCGGACACAUCUCCGGCGCCCACUUCAACCCCGCCGUAACCAUUGCUUUCGCCACCUGCAAGAGGUUCCCAUGGAAACAGGUGCCGGCGUAUGUGUCGGCGCAAGUGGUGGGAUCAACCCUAGCAAGCGGAACCCUACGGUUGCUAUUCAGUGGGACCCACGAUCACUUCGCCGGAACCCUACCAACCGGCAGCGACGUGCAGUCGCUGGUGGUGGAAUUUAUUAUCACAUUCUACCUCAUGUUCGUCAUCUCCGGUGUUGCCACGGAUAACAGAGCUAUUGGAGAGCUUGCUGGUCUGGCCGUUGGAGCUACCGUUUUGCUCAAUGUCAUGUUUGCCGGGCCGAUAUCAGGGGCAUCAAUGAAUCCAGCAAGGAGUUUGGGCCCAGCAAUAGUAUCAACCCACUACAAAGGAAUAUGGAUCUACUUGUUGGGCCCAAUUGCCGGGGCAAUAUCCGGGGCAUGGGUCUACAAUAUUAUCCGGUUCACUAAUAAACCGCUCCGUGAAAUCACCAAAACCGCUUCUUUCCUCAAAACCUCUUCCCGCAACAAUAAUUCUUCCUAACUGAUAAUUCAUCUAUUAAUUAUUCUCUCUUGUGUGUGUUUCUAUUUCCGUGUAACUUAUAUUUAUAUAUAUUAAAAAAAUAAUUAAUAUAUAUGCAUGAUAAUCA